AUAUGUAUCUAAAUUGCACGUGGGCUUCUGAUUGCGUACAUGCAAAAGCUCAUAAACGUAGAGGUCACUCUGCAUAACUAGAUCAGGUUCACAACUAUUAUCUUUAGGCGCAACGAGUGAUUGCGGCUCUUGAAGAUACUCUGGAGCGGCUCUCGCUUCUCUCGUGCAUACCAGCAGCUCCCGAUCCCUCCUUUUUGAGCCAGAUUGACGACCUCGGACUGACGGACACGGUAAAACAGUUGUGGCAAAUCGAGGAAAGUCUUCGGCUGACGGUAUCAGACCAUUACAGCGAAGCAAUUGAUGAUGACCCGGGGUCUGAUAAUAUUUUGGGUCGCCUAAACACCACCACCCAUAAGUUAUGCCGGUAUCUCAAAGUCAGGGAGAACUCGCGUUGGUCGCCGACUCCGCCCUCGAAAGAAAAUUGUUCCUUACUCAGUUUUCAACAGUCAAAAUGCACUGAGCAGAGUUUUUGGCAAUCAAUCCAACAAGAUUAAUAGGUAUCUAGCUAAUUUUACAGAAAUAGCAUCCCGCCAACUCUCGACAACGGUACGGAGCCCGAGGGGUUACAGGACUCAGCUGUAUCCUUCUCAGGUGGAAGAAAACGCAGCAGAUAAACAAAUGUGGUGAAAUGACCGAUCGUUGGGCCAUUAGGCAUUGUAUAGUUGGGUCUUAGGCAAGAACUCACUCAAAAGGAGCUUAUUCUAACGCAAGGUGCAAAAGUGCUAUCGUCAGCGCCAGUUACCGCCUCUCUCACUGCGUGCAUUUCAGAGAUAGGCCUUGCAACAAAAAUUAGAGAUACAGAGGAGAGAGCAGGACAAAGAGGUUUUAGCACAUCAGCAGACAUUAUUGAAGAUUCGUGCCGAGUUACAGGACAUGGUACAACACAAUGAGACAAAGAUGGCUAUGGUUAAUUCACGGAUGGAAGAUCAAAUUACUAGGUCUGUACUAGCGUGAUUCACUCGAGACUUACAAGAGUAUCUUCAGGUCUGCGGAACGUCACGCUGGAUCCUAUGAGCAACUGGCAGCAAAAAUUGGGUCACUCGAGUCACAAAUCGAAGCUGAACAUCAAUCCUAUCGAGACACUGAGGUAGCAGAUACUAAUGUUUUCUUACGCAUCGGUGUGCAACAGGCAAAUUUUCGCAAGAAGAAAGAAAGAGUGGAAGUUGACCUGGCUGCACACGUAAGCUCAAUUAUCACCUACAGGCUUAUGCUUGAAUGUAGAUUGCCAAAUAUGAUGAGGAUAUGUGUUCCCUGCUGAAUCAGACCAAAAAAAUAGAGAACGAAAAAAACCUUGAACGCGACCAACUAAUUGAAUUAGAAACUCAUUUUUUAAAGAUAGAUACUAAUCAUAAGUUUCAAAGCGAAGAGAUCGCAGUGCUUUCGACCCUCCAACAGCGCCGCUUCUUUGCCAAGGGGAAACUCCAUGGCACAAUUACGAAUAUUCAAAGAGUAGUAAUCCUCUGAGCAGCGUUCAUUUUCUCAUGAGGCCCUUGAUUGGCACAUUAAUAUAUAAGGCCCGUGGCGAGCAAGCAAGGACAUUCACACAACAGCUUAGAAAUAAAAAGAGUAAAAAAGGGAAAUAAGAAGAGCAAAAAGGUUAGAUUCAGAGUCUUCAGCCGCAAUAUUCAUACCUUGUGAGUCUAGGUCCCAGACCAUGACAGGGAAUCUUAUUGAGAAAUUCGUGUGUUUGCAUUGCAACACGUGCUGCUCGAGCUCAGCUAAUUAAACUAUUUGAUGAGAUCGAUCCGGGCCGGGUGUUUUUCUCCAAGGAAAACCCUAGACGACCCACCCUAAGGUGAAUUUAUGAUCUAUUGUAGACUCGAAGAUCUAUUGCGAGCUUCAAGUUCAAGUUCCCGAAACCAGGGUGUGAUCGCCUACUUGAUCGCCUAAUCCCGAAACCAGGCUACCGUGACUUCAUCAGCCUGAGAUUAGAGAAGCCUCCGGCCUAAUUUGAACCUCGCGCGGUGAUACUUAUUGCUCUUCUCUCUUCGGCAACGUCCAAAUUCCAACGCCUUCAAGUCGUGCCACCUUUUUGACCGUGACUAAUUGAAACUUGAAUUCCAAAUUCGAGUCUUCACCUACCGUGGCAGCUGGGCCGGUCUCAGGCUGUCUAGUGCGCUAGCAUUCAAGUUCCAAGGGCCCGAGUGACGGCGAGUCGUCCGGAGCCUGAGUCCCCCCGGGUGCGAAUGUACUUGGGCUGGUCCAAUGAGCCCGCGAUCAUCGUAAAAAGCGCACUAGCCGGGGGGGGGGG